AUGGACAAAAUUUGGCAUUCUCCUGAAGAUCAUGAUACUAAGAAUUGUAUUCGAAGUAAUGAAGAAAUUUUGGCUGAAUUAAGAAGAGAAAAUUUUCGUUUAAGGUUGAUGUUGUACAAUUAUGAGCAAGUGUAUCAUCGAUCCAAUAAUUCAGAUGAUCCAGAAUCUCCACGUAUUUAUGCUGCUGAGUGUGAAAAUGUAAUCUUAAGAAAGUUGAUUGAUGAGAAACAGUUAUUGUUGAAGGAAGCUUCAAAAAUAAUUGAUACUUUAAAAAAGGAAAAUAGUCGUUUAGAAGGAAUAAUCAAUGAUAUUCAGAAUAAGAAUGAAAAAGCUGAAAUUGACUGGCGAAAUAAAUAUGAUGACCUUUAUAGUGAAUUACAACAGUCUCGAGAAGAAAUACAAUCUCGAGAUAUGAAAAUAUUGUCCAAAGAUGCUGAACUUAAUAGAAAGCGGAAUGAUCUCGAAAGCUAUAUAUCGGAGCUACAAAACCGUUUAGAAAUUAGCGAAUCAUUGAAUUGCCAAUAUAAACGAGAAAUUCGGUUGUUUCAAACUGAAGCAGAUAGUUUACGUACUACAUUGGAAAAUGUAAAUCAAGAACAAUCAUCCUUUAAGAUCACAGACUUAGCUACUGAUCCAAUUAGAUCUAUUGAUAUUCAUGAUUUAUGCAAAGAACACUUCAAUGAAUUAUCUAACAUGAUACAUGUUCUGUCAAAACAGAUUACGGAUGUUGAAUUUGGCGAAAGUCAUCCAGCUUCUCAUGGUCCUAGUGAUUCAGUUAUAAGGGAUCUUAGUCAUAUGAUGACAGAACUUCCCAACUUACAUAACAAUGAAGCGACUUCUGACUUAACUGACCGCUUACACUCUGCCCGUCUGCUAAUUUUAGAAUUAGUCAACGAAAAGUUACGACUGGACAAAUUAUUAGCUACCAUUAGUUCGUCACAUGAACGGGCAUUGGCAGUUUUGAAAGAGAAAUGCUGUACUGUUGAAAGUCAAAUGUCGAUGCAGGCACAAUUCCAUGAUGAAGAACUGUCAAGAAGAGAUUCAGAAAUUAAGCGCUUGAAUGAACAUAUCAAUAUUAUCAUUAAACAAUUGGAAAAUUCUUUAUUAACACGUGACAAAGUUCAAUCUGAGCUUAGUAUUGUUAGAGAACAGUUGGAAAGAAGUAAAUGUGACCAGUCGAAAUUACAAGAACAACUACUUCUAGAAUUACGUGGUAAAGAAAAUACCACAUAUCGAUUUGAUAAUAGUAUGUUGCCUUGGACUAAUGCUUUGGAUAGUGUUGCUCAAUUCUCAUCAUUGAAUAUUUUUUCGCAUGAAGAAUUAUUGAGCAUGAAAUCAUUGGUUACUGGUUUUAAUGGUGAAAAUAAAUAUGAACUUCAAAAUCAACCUGAUCUCAGUGUAUCCUUAUCAGAAGAUCAAGCGAAAACUUAUAGUAUUGUGUCAGAUAUUGAAAAUUGUAAGAUAAGGGAUAGAACUGACGGUACAAAUGAAGUCAAAAUGGUCAAUAACCAAGUCGCUUUACCGAAUGAUAUUGGUGAACUACAGAAAGAGUUAACUUUGGUUCGUAAACAGUUGAGAGAUCAAAUUCAAGCAAUGUCACGGUUAAAAAUGGAAUACGAUUUGUUAGCUGGAAAUACGCAUCUUGGAUCAUUAAUUUCAGAUAAUGUUACUUCGGUAACCAAGGACAUAAGCGUUAAUUCACGGACAUCAUCUGCUAUUGGUUCUGUAGGUGAUUUGCCUACAGUUAGUACACCUCCUGGUAAUCUGGGUUCUCCUGUUUUCCCAGAAAUACUAGGAAGUAUCACUCAAGAUAAUGCUAAUAAUCUCUUGAACACGUGUGAUCUAACCAAUCCGAAUAAUUCAGCCUCGUCACAUAUCGAGAAUUCAAUGCCAGUUGUGUUGAACAGAGAAAAUGAAAUCACCGACAGAAAUCAUUCUUCUGUCUAUCCAAAGUUAACUAUCUCUGAUGUAUUCAAUCAUAUCACUGUUAUUCCUGAAGAACAAGAAGUAGUAAAUGAACAAGAUAAUAAAGAAAAUCGGUCUAAUCAGUUUACUCCAGAAAAUAGCAUUUCAAUUGGCGUAUCGAAUGAACCAAACUCUUUGUAUCGACUACGAAAUCUUUACGAUUUGGUACAUGAUUUAAAACUCAAAUUGGAUAAUGUUCGCUUUACGCAGCACUCGUUUGUUGAAAUGAUUAAUCAUAGUCUGUCAACAGCAGGCAUUGACACAUCACUACGAGUACCUUUUACUCCAAAUGAAGUUGAAGAUAGUGUGAGACAUAGCCUUUCAGUAGUGUGUGAUGAUAAAUCUUUCGAAGAAAGCGGGAGAAUGUUGUCUGAUCAUGCUAAGAUGUCUAGAUUAAGAGACGCUAUUGACGAGUGUUCAGAUGUUAGUUCUGCAUUCUGGGAUGUUGAUAUCAAGAAGAAUUUAUCAGCUUUGUUAACCAGUCAUCUUGAAUCAAAUCAUUCAGUUGAUGGUAGGAAUUCUGCUAGGAGACCAAUAAAUGUUGGUAACAUGGUUAUAGAUACUACACGGUCGAAUAAUUCAUCUCAUCAGCUGACAAAUGUCAGUGAUGCUGCUGCUGCUGCUGCUCCUGAUUAUGAUUCAAUUGACUUCUUUGGACAAAAUACAGAUGAAGUGAAGUCAAGCCAAUUAUAUGGCCCUGUAUGGCUUCAACCCGAAAACAACAAUGAUCAAACUAAUGUAUAUUGGAGACAAUUAGAAAAUGAAUUGACUCGUGUAAAUCAUGAACGUGAUCAGUUGACACUGAAACUUCAAGAAGUAACUGAUAAAUUGAUACGUGUUCAAGAAGAUAACAGUUAUUUAGAGCAUGAAUUUAAGUCAUUGCAUUGCAGUUCAUCUCUCCCGCUAACUGAUGUCAAUGAUGAAUAUCCGCCUACAGAUAUUUUGCUCAAAAAUAAUCAUCUGGAAACUGUAGAUAAAGCCAUUCAACUUGAAACUAAUCUUAUUAUAUGUGAAAACGAUGCUAGUCAUCAAUAUAAAAAACUAAAAGAUGAAUUACACAAGAGAGAUGAAACUAUACACCGUUUGGAAUUGGAUCGUUUGUACAUUAUGAAAAAACUGAGUUUAUUGAAUUCAGAUGACACUUGUUGCACAAACAUGAUUGAACUUAUCGAUACUGUUGUCACAGAAAUGUCUACUUCUCGUACAUUGAUAAGAGACUUAAAACAUCAUAUUAGUGAGUUUGAAAGACGAUUAGACGACUGUAUACCAACAGGUGAAUAUUAUCAACUGAAAGAACAAGUUGACUCAUUAAGACUGGAACUGAACCAAGUUUAUAGUCAAGUUGACCAUUAUAAAAGUACACUUGAGUUUGUCUCAACCACUUUAGAACCCUUAUUAUGCAUUGAAAAAUCAUUACCAUUUAACGAAUUAAUUGAUAAUAUUGUAGACAAAUUUCAAAGACAAGAUGCCUUGAUAAACUCUUUGAGCACAGAACGAGAUAUUGCUUUCAAUACAAUCAAAAGUUAUAUAACUGCCUCUGUUCAACCGAUACCAAACUCAUUGAUAAAAUGUAUAGAAAUAAUUGGUAAUGAUUCAUCUCAUUUUCACUCAUUGGUUAACAAUCUAGAGUUGGAUAGACAACAAGCUAUGGACUUGAUUAAGAAAAUGGCUCCAGUUGAAAAAAAUUUACACACUAUUUCUGAUUAUGUUAACUGGUUUAUUCAUCUAUUCAACAAAACACAAAACAAACUAAAUGAUAUGGAACAAUUAUAUGAAGAAACUAAAAAUUCUCUGUCUGUUUCAAUUGAGAAAUUUGAAAAAUUUGAGCUGAUAAUUAAAUCAUUAGAUAAGAAAUUGAACACAUGUCAAUACCGUCUAAAGUGUUGUCAGUCUGAACUAGUUCAAGUUACAGAGACUUGUAUACCGUUGGAGGUGCAUAAUAAUAUUUUGAAAAAUCUACAAACAGUUGAGAAGUUGUGCAGUGAAUUUCAGUCUAAAAAUUUGGAAUAUGAACAGAAACUACAAACUAUCAUAGGAAUCAUUGGUAGCACUCUAUCGAAGACAAUUGAACCGAAUAACUUGAAAGAUGAUGUAAUGGAAAUUUGCUCCUCUCUCACUUCAUAUCGAAAUGCUUCAAAUUCAGCUGAUCAAAGAUGUAAAGAAUGGGAAGUUAAAUUUGAAAACUGA